AUGAUCUCAUUCAACAAAUAUUACUAGAGUCUAAUAUCAAACAACGAUGAUAUUUAAUAAAAAUAUCUUCAGGAAAUUCACGAUGAUGAAAUCCCUAAAUAAAACAAAGAAAUUUAUUAUAUCAAUAAUAAUCCUAUUGAUGUUAAGUAUGGAUUCAACGAUAAACAAUCUUUACUAUUUGAAAUUCAUAAAAAUUUUCCAGAAUAACCUGAUUUCAAAAUUGGAGUUGAUUUAAUAUAUUUAAUUGAUAUUAGUCAGAAAAUAAAUGAUGAAACCUUAGAGAAAAUUAAAUAAGCCUUAUAAUGUCUGAUCAAUUAUUUAGAUGACAAAAAUAGAUUGUGCAUAAUAAUUUAUAAUAAUAAAGCUGAUAAACUUUUCUCAUUAAUUCCACUAAAUGAAAAAAACAGAUAGAUUAUUUAAAAAGCAAUAGAGCAGAUCACUCUUUAAUAAGGAAAUUCAAAUAUUUUAAAUGCACUUUUAGUUGCUAAUUUAUGUUUGAAAUUAAGAUAAUUUAAAAAUUAAAUUACAUCUGUUAUUAUAAUCAGUUAAGAUGAUGAAUUACCAAAAAACAGCUAUUAUUUUAAAUAAAUCUUUGAAAAAGAAAUAGCAUUUAAAUUAAAAAUUUUUCUUUUACUCUCAAAAAAACAUCAAUCAUCUACUAAGAUCAAAAAAGGAGAGAUUAAUAAAUUUUAAAGUUAUUAGAUAGUCAAUUAUGUUGAUCAAUUAUCUUCAUUUUUAUGUUACUAUGCAUUUAAGCUAUAAUAGACUGUUAUAAUGAAUUUAUCAAUAAUAGUAAAAAGUCACAAAUAUUGUCCAAUUUAAAUAUCAGAAUGUGAAGGUGGAAAAUUCCAAUACGUUAAUCCAUAUGAGAUUAAGAUCACUAAGAAUUUAAUUUCAAUUGGUUACAAUAAAGCUCACUUGGUAUGUGUUUAAAAUAGUAAAAUCUCAGAUUUAGAUAAAAUUUGUGAGAUUGAAGUAUCUUUUUAAUAGAUAUCUUCAAAUAGUUUACUAAAAUACUCUAUUCCAAUUUAUGCAUAAGAAUCUAAUGGUAUUAUAGAUAAUUCUGUUAUUGUUCAAAAAUAUAAGUAUAAAUCAAGAAGUUAAAUGAUUGAAGCCAUAUUAUACUAUGAUCCAUAUAGAAUUUAAGAUUGUACUGAAAUUUUAAAAAACUAUCUAUCUGAAGUAGCCAAUUUGCCUGAUGAUAUCAAAUAAUAGUUAAGUGUUGAAACUAAAUAAUUUGAAGAUACUCUAUAAAAGUAUUACUAACAGCCUUUAUAAUAAAUUCCAAAUCCAUUUAUAGAAAUUGAUGAUUUAAGAAAGAAACAAAAAUUAGAAUGUUUUUUUGAUAAAUAUUGA